UUUGCCAUUCAAGUGCGGUUUCUGUUCUCACUGUAGUAGGCUACCUUUCCAGUUUUAGUUUUCAUGGUUUGACUGCCAGAAGCCUAGGGUGGCGAUAAUUAUUUUCUCCAGCAGAGCAAUAAGUUUGUAGGAGUUGCUUCAACCGUGAAAUCAGUCACAGGUUGCACUGUUUUGGAACGCCUAGAGCGAGGAUCUUUGGCAAGAGAGCGCGCCACUGUCGCUGUAGGACCGGCUAACACCCGGCUAACAUUGUGCGUUGACGUCGCGUCGUCAGAAACGUGGACAUAAUAAUAGAGCUUGAGUGCCUGAAUUUCAAUCAUCCUUGACCGACUGUACGUGCAGAUUGCGUUUAGUGUUCCAUGGUCACGGAAUAGUCAUGAAGGUUGCAGAGACCAGGGGAGCACAUAAGUGCACUGAAAAAAUGGAGAGAGAAGCGGCAUCUUUGAAGCGGCGAUAUUGCUGCACAACAGUCAUGAACAUUAUCUCGUCUUUAUUAUCUGUGGCGUCCCUUGCCUUUUGUAUAUUAUUAAGUCUGCAAACAUCAGAGAUCAAGGACAGGGUCCUGGAUUUGGAAACUAGACAUGGCGAGCAUGUCUUUCACCGGGUCCCCGGCUUUUCGGUGGAUCAGUUUAAUUCAUUGAUUCAAGAGAGAGUGGAUGAGCUCCUGUCACAACGCUCUUAUGAACAUUUCGCCAAGAUACGGAUUGCCCGACAAGUUAGCCCUAGUCCUGAUUGCAACUGUCCCCCAGGCUCGCCAGGAAAGCGGGGAAGAAGAGGCCGGAAUGGUGAACCUGGACCUCCUGGUACUCCUGGUCCACAGGGUGAGAAGGGGGAUCAAGGUGACCAAGGACCGCGGGGAUUGUCUGGUCUCCCUACACUGGCUGCUUUGCAGAGCAAUCAGAUCCUGACUGUCAAGAUGGUCUUCCCUAAGAUCAAUCAUGGCUUUCUUUCUGCUGACCAGCAGCUCAUAAAGCGGCGGCUUAUUAAGGGAGAUCAGGGUUCAGCAGGUCCACCAGGACCUCCUGGGCCCCCAGGUUCCCCUGGCCCCAGAGGGCCACCAGGGGACACAGGCAAGGAUGGGCCCCGGGGAGUGACAGGUCUGCCGGGAGAACCUGGGACAACAGGAGACCUAGGACUGAUGGGUCCCCUUGGGCCUCCUGGCAUCCCAGGUGUUGAUGGGCUGAAGGGUGAAAUGGGAGAGAGAGGUGAAAAGGGUGACUUGGGAGAAGAUGGUCAAAGAGGUGAAGGCGGGGAGAAGGGUGAUGCGGGCUCCUCUGCGGCAGGCAUCAAGGGUGAACCAGGAGAGCCAGGACAUGGGGGAGCAAAGGGAGAGCCAGGACUUCCAGGGCUUCCUGGACUUCCCGGGAUUAAGGGUGAGCCUGGAUUCCUAGGACCACAGGGAGAACCAGGGCUCCCAGGACUACCAGGAACCAAGGGUGAGAGAGGGGAACUGGGCCCACCAGGCAAAGGAGAGCGGGGCGAGACUGGACCACCCAGUCAAAAGGGAGGGCCAGGAGAGGCAGGGAACCCAGGCCCUAGAGGUUCAAAGGGAGAAACAGGAGACAAGGGAGUCCUGGGCUCCAUGGGACCAAGGGGACCCCCUGGGCAGAAAGGUGACCAAGGAGCCACUGAAAUCAUUGAUUACAACGGUAACAUCCAAGAGGCUUUACAGAAGAUUACCACUAUUACAGUGACGGGUCCCCCUGGGCCUCCUGGACUAUCAGGAACAGCGGGAAUCAAGGGAGAUCAAGGCAUGCCUGGCCUCCCUGGGCUGGAUGGUGAAAUGGGUUUUAAAGGUUCCAAAGGAGACAUGGGAAUCCCUGGCACAUCUGGAGAAAAAGGAACUGUUGGCUUACCUGGUUUACCAGGCGUCAAUGGAUUGAAAGGAGAUAAGGGUGAUUCCGGUCUGUCUGGUCCUCAAGGGCCCUCAAUUAUUGGCCAACCUGGAGCACCUGGGCUCCAUGGACCCCCAGGUCCCAUGGGACCCCAUGGAUUCCCUGGACCAAAGGGGGAGGCUGGGAAUCAUGGUCUGAAGGGAGUGCGCGGGGGGUCAGGGUACAAGGGGGACAGAGGACCCCUGGGCCUCCCCGGAGCCUCCGGCUUGGACGGCAAGCCAGGAAUUAGGGGUAUGGACGGGCCUGGGGGUCCCUCCGGUCCAGCCGGGCCAAAGGGGGACAUAGGUGAGAGAGGAGCUGCAGGUGAACCCGGGCCAAGGGGGCCUUAUGGACUUCAUGGAGCGGCUGGAACACCUGGCCUUGAUGGGGAGAAGGGAAAGAAGGGCAAAAAAGGGCCUAAGGGGGAGAAAGGAGAACAGGGUGCCCCUGGAUUAGAUGCACCCUGCCCAUUGGGCCCAGACGGACUACCAAUGCCUGGUUGUUGGCAGAAGUGAUCAAUCUAAACUGAAAAGCAUGGAGUUUGUAAAUAAUGCUUAUUUUUGGGUAUUUAUAGUUUUUAUAAUGGAAAAUAUAAAAUAAAUAAAUAUACUGUACUGUAUGUGUACAGUGAAAAAGAGCCAAGGUCCAUCAUUCCUAGCUGCUUCUACUAACCUCACUGUGUGGAACGUGUCACUCUCACAUCAGCAUCGUGGAUUCCAGAUCCUUGGCCAGCAGCAGAACUUGCACACACACAAAGGAGUUUAGUCCCAGACCUUGCAUGACCAGAGUGCUUGGGCACAGAUUGGAAUGUCAUGGCAAAAUUUGAUAAAAGGGGAGUAAGAAGGCUGAAAAUGAGGUUGUGAGAGCAGAGGAUGAGGAAAAGGAGGCCUUGUAGGGAUUUGGACUGGCUCUUAAAAGCUUGAGCUCUAAAGCUCACCAUCCAUUCAUGCCAUACUACCAGCUUAAAAGACUAAAUUCCAACAAAACACCCUCCCCACUCCCAAAGAAGCAUAAAGACUGUUCCAUACUAUAUUUAGGCUAUAUGUAUUGAUGUACAGUACAUAUUUCAUUGUUGUGUGGUUGAAUUUUAUGGCUUCAGCAAAACACUAACUGUCUGUCAGUCAAUCUUACCUACUUAAAAAAGAAAACCCAGAGCUUUAGAUUUGUGGUUUUAUUUGCUCCUUUUUCUUUUAAUGUUCCAAAGGGAGUCACGCCUUGGCUGCUGGCUUAAAAAGAAUUCCCCAGGAAUUCAAUUUGGGUUGAUUUUCUUUAUUAUGGUGAGAUCUCCAAUGAGUCAAUAGAUGCAGGUCUUCACCGAUGCACUCGCGUGGGUCCCAGGGCGCGUUCCCUGCUGCCAGCAACCACUUGUUAUUGGACUUCGAGGAGAGUGUGUGAGCUCACUGCACUGUGAACAGCCAAUCGGAAAUGGGCUAGGCUGACAAGGACUUCGGAUUCAACGGACCUGUUUGGGAUCCCUCCAAGUAGAGGAGACAGUGGGCCUCGGCAAGGAGCCUUCAAUCAUCUCUCCUGCCAAUCACUGGUCUCCAUGCCGAUCAAGGAGAGUGUCUGCCUGUAACAAUGUUACUGUCACAACACUACAAGGUAAAGAGGGUCAAUGGAAUUCUGCCUUUUUAUUUGAAGUUUUACUCUUGUAUUUACUUGUAAUAAUUGUGUAUAACAGCCUUUGGUGCCUCAAUAUUUUGUUAUUCAUUCCUUUAUCAGAAAAGUGCAACUUUUUAUCCUGCUUUGAGUAAUUGCAAUGGUCUUUAUUGCGGAAUGGUAACCUCUUGUAAAUUGUUAAAGUAUAAACACCUACGUUGCGCACUGUUUUUUUAAUUAUUUUUUUAUUAGGGGUGUUGCGCACUGUUAAUAUAUAUUGAAUGUUGAUAUUACUGGGUGUUAAUAUGGCAUGUACAUUAUGGCUUCAAAUGAACAUCAGCUUCUGUGUAAUACAAAGGGAAUUUGUUUGUCGCAAAAAUUGAAGUAAUUUUUAUGAUUACACAGCAUCAGAUUUUACACUCAUUUGAAGAAGCAUACAGUAUGUGUAAACACUGAGAUAUCUAACACUUGUUCAUUGCUGGCCAUUUAAGUGGAAAAUAUAUAAUGUGAGUUAUGUGCUUCACUGCAAGUUUAUUGUAUCUUUACAUUUAAAUGCAGUAAUAUAUCUGCAACAAUAAGCUUUUUGUACAUUUUGACCUGGUAAUUCAGUAUAGGUGAAAAUGCCUUUUGGUAAAAUCCAUCAUUUUUUGCUAGAUAAUUGUUGUUUUAUCCAAAUGUCAAGUGGCAAUUUGCCUCAACUGGAUCAUGACUACAGCAACAUGUAACCUUUUUUUAAUUUCAUUUCUCAAACAAAAUGGAAAUGGUAAAACAGUUAAUUUCAGUUGAAUGUGUAACCCAGAAUCAGAUAUAUUGCCAUUUACAUCACAUUCCAUAGCAAUUUCUACAAAAAAGUGUAUUUCUUUAUUUAAUCAUUUUAAGGAUGCCAUAAUCCUAACAAUGCCCUUAUUUAUGCACAAUGAUUUUUGAUGCUUAAUGUUACUUGGAACAGUUAAUGUAAUAUUAUAAAUUAAUUACUACAAUAUGGGACGGUUUCCCAGACACAGAUUAAGCCUAGUCCUGGACUAAAAAGAGCUUUCAAUGGAGAAUCUCUAUUGAGCAUACUUUUGAGUCCAGAACUAGGCUUAAUCUGUGUCUGUGAAAACCGGACCUAUAUCGAAUAUAUUGUUGUUGUGAUAAGUUUGCCCACUCCACCCCAACCAUACAGGGAUAUCGAUGUCACAAAGUAAAUAGUAUGCUAGUGAAUAAUAGAUCAUGGUCUUAUUCUGGUGCUAUCAACUUUAAUUGUUUGAAAAAGCUGUAGAGAGUAUUCACUAUCCAUGACAACUAUAAGACAACAGAGUUUAAAAAAAAUGUUUUUAAUGUAACAGUUUAAAUCAUUUUUGUGCAUAUACCUUUUAUUUAUCUGACUAUUUUAAGUGGUACAUUAUUUAUUUUAGUAUUUUCUUAAAACAGUCAUUCCUUAUUAAAAGGGGGUAGCUUUUGAAGGUCCUGAUACCCGUUGU